GUCAUACUUUCGAAAGUGAUCUUCAUAAGCUAUUUAACCAGAAUAGAAUAAUUGCACAUAUGAUUCAAGUUACUGAAGGAGAUGGUGGAUUAGAUUUAUUACUAUCAUAUCAGGGUAAUCAAAUAUGUAUACAGUGUAAAGAUAGAGAAAAUGCUCUCUUAGAAGUUAAGAAUUGA